UUCCGUUUAUAAUUAAGCUUGUCCUUUUCGUUUACGUAACCAACUCUCAUUAUAAAAUAACAGCAGACCUGCUAAAUAGUAGACUGCAGAGGUUCGCGUUCAGUUUUUAUGAUCAAAGUAACAAACCUUCCCCAAAAUUUAAGACCAAUCUGUUGCGAAAAAAGGUAACUAUAACACGAAGCAACGGGCAUCACAGAAUUGGUGUUUAAUUCGAAUGCUUCCUCUUUUAAUUGGUGAUUUGAUCCCGGAAGGAGACGAAUAUUUUUCCUUGAUUCUCAUUUUACUAGAAAUAAUGGAUAUUGUUUUUGCACCUAGUGUUUCAAUUGAGCAGACUAUUAUUCUAGAAGAUCUUAUUAACCAAAUGUAUUCAAGGUUUCAUUCAUUAUUUCCAUUGACUAGACCUAUUAACAAAUUCCACCAUAUGGCACACUAUCCAGCAGCUAUCCGGACUUAUGGUCCAGCUGUUGGAUAUUGGUGCAUGAGAUAUGAGGCUUACCAUAAUAGUUGUAAACGUGUUGCACAUAUAAACUGUAAUUUUAUUAACAUUCCAAAAUCAGUUGCUUAUCAUCUGCAAACGAUUUCCUGUCACAAUCUAUUAACUAAUGAUUUAUUUCACGAUGAUAUUCCCACGGUCGGUCCCAGGUCAAAAAAAAACUUAGUUAACAGGCAAGAAGACUCAAUCACUGAUGGAAAUAGUUCUUUAAAUCUGGAUUCAAACGCAACUGUUAUAAGAUGGGUAAAGUUUAAAGGCUGGCAUUACCGACCAGGAACCGUAAUAUUACUAAAACACAGCUUUGAAAAUCUUUCGGGGUAUCCGGAAUUCGUUUUAGAGACCAUUACUUUCAACCGUCACUUUCAUGCCUUUGAAUUACAACCUUAUUUUCCUGCUAAAUCUAUUAUGAUUGCACAUGAUAAUUUGAGACCAAAUGUUGCUCCAACAUGGUUAUUAAAAAGUUUUAAUGUUUCCGAAAAUGUCUCUUACGUAACUGUUCGUUAUUUUGUCUAAAAUUAACAUAUUUCUCAUUCCUUUU